AUGUCUGCUGUCACCUCAGCAACCCCGGCCCCUCCUCAGGGAGUCAACCCCCCACCCCCGGAGGUGACCAAUCCCACAAAACCAGGUCGGAAAACCAACCAACUACAGUACAUGCAGAAUGUAAUGGUCAAGACGUUGUGGAAGCAUAACUUUGCCUGGCCCUUCUAUGUGCCAGUCGAUGCCAUCAAAUUGGGACUUCCGGUGAGUAGACUGUAGAUAUUGAGAGGUGUUAUAAAUGUCAGAAAGUCAAUGCUUAUAGAUAUCUCACCGUGCAGAAGACUUGCAGCUGACAGAUUAUUUUGCUUAUUCUGUGUCAGGAUUACCAUAAGAUCAUAAAGCAACCUAUGGACAUGGGAACCAUCAAAAAGAGACUGGAGCAUAACUACUAUUGGAGUGCUAGUGAAUGCAUGCAGGACUUCAACACCAUGUUCACCAAUUGUUACAUAUAUAACAAGGUGAGUGCUCCAAGAGAGUAAAUACAGACUGUGUCUCCUAGGGGUCCGUUUAUUCUGGAUUUAAUAUUACAGUCUCUAAUAUGUUUGCAAAUUCUCCCAGGGCUAGUCCCAAAGCUCCAUGUUUUUACAUUGAUCUCAAGUUUUCUCUUUGCAUUUCCCAUUCAUGUUCCUCACUUUGUGUUUUUACUUUGCCCACCAGCCAACAGAUGACAUUGUCCUGAUGGCACAGGCCUUGGAGAAGAUCUUCCUGCAGAAAGUUGCCAUGAUGCCCCAGGAGGAGGUGGAGCUUCUGCCUCCCGCACCCAAACCCAAGAAAAGCAUAGGUAAUAGGCCACUGUUCAUCUGAUCCUGACACUAUAGACCCCUAUCAUUUUGGAUAGAUCCUUAGAUAUAGUAUUGAAAAAUGUAGAGAAAAUGGGCGCAUAUUGCCAAUAAGAUAGCCCAUGUACUGUGAGUUAACCACUAAUCAUUGCACCUGCUACAGGUGGUCUGGAUGGAGAUGAGUCACCAUCGUCCAUCCCUGGCUCUACGACAUCUGUGAUGGGCUCUUCUACAAUGUCUACCGUCACCCCCAAAGUCCCAGCUGUCCAGCGCUCGCCCAAUGCUCCCAUGAUUCCCGUCGUCUCACCCUCACAACCUCUUGUUAAAGUAAGUCACUGUACAUUUUUCUUCAGGCAUAUACGUGUUUAUUUAGUCUUUUGAAUGGAACCUCACCUGUGAGUGUGUGCCUUUUGUGUUUUUGUGCACCUAGAAGAAAGGGGUAAAGAGGAAAGCAGACACCACCACCCCCACGACAUCUGCAAUCACAGCCAGCCGGAGCGAGUCGCCCAGCCCCCUCUCAGAGGGCAAGCAGGGCAAGGUGAUGUCAAGAAGGGAGAGCACAGGCCGUCCGAUCAAAGCUCCAAAGAAAGACCUGGUGGAAGGGGAGUUGGGCCAACAUGGCAGCAAGCGGAGCAGAAUGAGUGAGCAGCUCAAGUACUGCGACAGUAUCCUGAAGGAGAUGCUGUCGAAGAAACAUGCUGCGUAUGCCUGGCCCUUCUACAAGCCUGUAGACGCUGAGGCUCUGGAGCUACAUGACUACCACGAGAUCAUCAAGCACCCCAUGGAUCUCAGCACUGUCAAAGUAUGCACCACAGAACAAAGCAUGCACAGUAGUAUAAUUCACGUUUACAGUUAACCAUUGUUGGCUUGUGUGGUUGCCCUUCCAUGCACUGUUUGGAUAACACUUGCUGUUGAUUUGCAGAAAAAGAUAGAUGGCCGGGAGUACCCAGAUGCACAGAUGUUUGCAGCGGAUGUUCGAAUAAUGUUCUCAAAUUGUUACAAGUAUAACCCUCCAGAUCACGAGGUUGUUGCCAUGGCCAGAAAACUCCAGGUAGGUUUGGGGAUUUUAAAGGUCCACGUUGGGCAAAAAUAACAGCUUUAAACUGUAUAACUGAUCAUUGCACCAUCAUACCAGGUCAUUUUAAUGCUUAAAAACAACAAAAUGGAUGAAUAAGAUAUUUGGCUACAGAAGUGCAAUUUCUUACUGAUCUCUACAGCUUCUGUCCAAAAACAAAUCCUGUGAAAUGACGUCAACACAUACUGGAGGAAUUACUGGCUAGCUAAAGUGGCUAGCUUAGCUAAUGAACUAGCUACAUCGAUUGUGGCGUGCAUGACCAGAAUGACACAUCGACGAACCACCAAAGGCACACCCCAUUUCUGUUUGAAAAUUGAGAAAGGGCAGAGUUGGACCGUUUUUUUGUGCCCAAAGUCGACCUUUAAACCUUUCUCUGGAUCACGUUUGAAAAAUCUACGUAAAAUUGAAUCGUUUGGUUAAUUCCUAAUGUCUCUUUCUGUCACUCUCCUUUUCCCCAUCAUUCCCUGUGUGUCUUUGUCUGUCAGGAUGUGUUUGAGAUGCGUUUUGCUAAGAUGCCUGAUGAGCCAGCGGAGCUGAGCCCCGGUGCAGGCGGGUUGGUCAGUAAAGGUGACAACUCAAGCAGCGGCGACUCCUCCAGCUCAGACAGCUCCGACUCGGAGGAGGAGCGGGCCUCCCGGCUCGCCGAGCUGCAGGAACAGGUGGGUGCGGAACAGGUGGGUUUCAGAUCCGAGGUCCGUCCGACUCUACUCCUCUAUCCUGAAGGGCUCAGGGAGGGCCUUCCUCCCACCUUCUCACAUCACAGCCACCUUGUCCAAUCGAAACUUGUCUGAGACCGAGAGGGAGGGGCUGCCACCUUACAUGCAGUGAAACCCCUCCCCCCUCCCUUCAACCACGCAAACCACUGCUUUCUCCACUGAUUUGUCAUCUCCCCAUUGAUAGCACUGAAAUGUAACCCUCUACCGCUUCAAAUUGUGCAUUUCCAUGCACCUACUGGCACAGAUGGCUUGCAUGCACCACUUAAACAAAAGCCUUAAAAAAAAAAAACAUAUCACAAUGUAGUUUUGCAUAAUGGUACCACACAGUAGCUCUUGUCAUAACAUGGUGUUUUAAAAUGGUUUUGAUCUGAUCUCUUUUUUUGGAGUUUUCUAUCUUUGUCCCCUUAUUUCCCUUUGGCUCUCUUACCAGUGUAUCUCUCUGGAGCGCCCCAAUGGUAGCGGGCAGGGGGGAAAAAACGGUUGCACCAAGCGUUUUCAGGUGAUUUGCUUUUCACUUCCUGGCCCCCUUCCCACUAACCUCUUAUUGAUAUCAGUUUAUUAUCAUGAUGCCGAUAUUUCACCUUUUUUUUUUUGCAAUAGUUGAGCAAGCGGUAGAGGGUUAAUAGUGGGGAGGGGGGUGGCGAGUAACAGGUGGCGAAGUGCUGUUUGCUGGGUGGUGGCAGAUGUGGUGUAUUUGAGUAGGUGUGUAUGCGUUUGUAUGGUUGUGUGAAUGUGUGUUUGUCUUCUCCCUGGUAUGCUUGCUGGCUGACCAACUAGACAUACUCCUUUCUCCAUUCUCUCUCUCUUGAUUGCCUGUUGGUUGUGUCCAAUUUGACUUAUGAAGCAAUGAAUGGAGGAGUAUGCAACUUGUUUUCUUCUUCCUUGUUAGAACAUGUAGCUCUCAAAAUCAUACUUUUUUUUAAAUAGAAAAAGUUGGAUGUUCUAAAUCCACAACAAUGCUUAAACCACAUCAGGAGACUACUUUUGAGGUCUUCGACAAAAAAUCUAAAUUUGGAAUUUUGGGUGUAGUUACUCUUUAAUGCGAGUGCACACCAGCAAUAGACUGUUGUUUGGUUAGCGAUGUUUCUGUAGCGCUCAUGUGAUUGCAGAGUUUGCUAAACAAAUGGCCACUGGAUUGAUGCAAAAAAUCAUGAAAUCAUUCUGCCAGGUAGUCAGAGGCUACUUUGUAGUUAACAUUUAAUUGAGAAAGCCUUUCCAUCUCUACCAGAAGAAAGUUAUCAUUAGCGUCAUCACUAACGGCUACACAAAGUAUAGACAUAUACGUGCACUACUCACACACAUGCGAGCAUUCAUGUGCCGUUUCAAAAAGUUGCAGGGAAAUACCAGUCACUGAUGCAAUUUGUUCAUGUUUUAUAACCGACUUGUGCAAAUUUAAUGAACUUUUUAAUAAGUUCAAUACAUUUAGUUGAUUUCCUUUCCAAGUUCAAUACAUUUUUGAAUGUUUAAUUCUGUUUUAACGUCUGGAUUUCACAUAUUUUUAGGGCUAUAGUUAUUGAUUUGUUUCAGUUCCUUUUUUGGAAACCCAUAUCUACCCUCUUCUAGUCCCUCAGUGCUUGAAGUGUUAGAAUACCCCUACAGCAGGUCACUAACUCCUCCACCCCACCUCUCCCCAGCUAAAGGCUGUCCAUGAACAGCUUGCCGCGCUCUCUCAGGCACCUGUGAGCAAACCAAAGAAGAAGAAAGAAAAGAAGGAGAAAGACAAGAAUAAGAAAGACAAGGACAACAAGCAUAGCAAAACCAAGACGGACGAGGAGAAGAAGGCCAAGUCUGGGCAGCCUGCCAAGCAGGGCCAGCAGAAGAAACCCUCCAGGAAAGCCAACAGCACAGUGACUGGCUCCAGGUAAGGCCUCCUUUUCUCUGAUGUAUUAGGGCUCUGCUCAGCCUCACAAUAAGCAACACCAUAAAAAGACCAUGAGACACUUUCUCAUUGCGGCGCUGCCCUCUGAUUUUCCAGGCAAGCAAAGAAGGGGGGCCGGGGCUACGAGUCUGACGAGGAGGAGUCUCUGCCUAUGACGUACGACGAGAAGCGCCAGCUCAGCCUGGACAUCAACCGGCUCCCAGGAGAGAAGCUGGGGCGGGUUGUGCACAUCAUCCAGUCCCGAGAGCCCUCGCUGCGAGACUCCAACCCAGACGAGAUUGAGAUUGACUUUGAGACGCUCAAACCCUCCACCCUACGCGAACUCGAGCGAUACGUCAAGUCCUGUUUACAGAAGAAACAGCGGAAACCCCAACGUAAGUACUGA